AUGAUCCUGGACCUCGGCUGCAUGAAGCUGCCCUUCGAGGGCGACUUCAACACAGUCAUGAUCUUCACGGGGUUCGUGUCGGCAUGCAUCUCGACCACCCUGUUCUUCAACUUCGUCACCCCGAAGGGACCUGCACUGGGGGCAGGUACCCCCGAGCAAGUUGUUGAUGCCUUUGGCAAGACGAUGGUCGUGCAGGCCGUAUGGUGCAUCAUCUACUACAACUAUGUGGGCGCUCAGGUUCUGGGCGUGUUCCUCUCAGGCCCUUGGGCCAUGCUCGACGGGAAGAAGCAGACAGAGAAGUGGGGAGCGAACGCCUCGCGUUUCGCGGGCAACCAGUAUGAGCAAAGCUGUGUGUUUCAUCCCGUGUUUGUGGAUGUACGCAGGGCUCGUUGA